CUAUGGUUAUUUCUCCUUUCCUUUCGGUGCUUGUGUGCAAUAUCUUUAAAGAAUUAUAGAAAACUUUUGGUUUUCAUUAUUAAUUGUUAUCAUAUCGACUAAAGGUCUAUCGUAUUUGUUGAUUGAUACAAGUAAUGAUCCUUUUUAUUCGAUCAUACUUAAACUCUUGUUCAUAAACAUAUUGAGAAAAGUACGUCAAGAUGAGUAGUGUGGAAAGGAUUCCUCAAGUGAAUAAUGAUUCUGAAAUGGAAGAAGGAGAAAUAGUAGAUGAAUUUGAUUAUCUAUCGGAUAUUUCGUCAGAAGAAGAGUUCUUGUUAAGACAAAGGUUGCUUGUGCUGGAAAAUUACAAUAAUGCCCUCGAGAGAAAGGAAGCAAAAAGGGUGUCAUUGGGUAAAAUUGGAAAGAGCACAGUAACAUAUUUUCCUGAUCUCUCUGAUAUAUCAGCUACUGAAUUUGAAGAUAAUACUACAGAUUAUUUAAGACAUUCUAAAAACUGUAUUAGCUCAAAAGCAAGUUACAGGCAAAAGAAAAUAAAUUUACAUAGUGGCCAUAAGAAAAAUAAGAAAAAAUAUCAUCGUAAAAGAAAAUUGGAACCAAAAAUUAUAAGUGACUCUAGCGAAGAAUCAGAUGAUGAAUAUAGAAAUAAAAGACGUAAAUUAGCAAAUGCAGUGGGACUUAACAAGGCAAAGGUGGAUACAUCAUUAAAGGCAAGGCUUGAAGAAAUGUUGUUUGGGAAAAAGUCUAAAGAAAAUUGUUUAAACAUUGAGAAAUUGAAAGUGAGUAACAAAAUAAUUAAAGAACAAGAUAAUAACACUUUAGAUAAUAUCAAAGAAAAUACUAGUCCCAACAAAUCGGAAGAGAAGGAAAUUUCGCUUUGUAAUCAGUUAAAUAAUAUUGAAAUUAUAAAUGAUGUUGCUGGUGAUUCCCAAAGCGUAAACCAAGACGAGAACUUCAUCCAAUUAAAUAAGGAAGAAAAAGAUGAAUGUGAUGGUAAAACGCAUAGUUUAUGUACUGAAGAAGUUGAAAAAGUCUCUGAGGCAAAUGUUAACACAGAAAAUAUGGAACCAAAUAGUAAAGAAAUUCCAACUAAUAAACAAGAUUCAGAUGAUGAAUUGGAACUACUUAGACAACAUGCUUUGAAAACGAAAAGUACUAAAACAAAAUCACAAUCAGAUACAUCCAAAAAAGCUCAGAAGCCUCAAUCAGACGAUGACGAGAGUGAUACUGCUGAUUUAAGACUAAUUUGUCUUAAAUCAGCAUUUUUAAAGAAGGCAAUUGAAAUUAAAAGGAAACAGAAGUUAAGGAAAAGAUUGAAAUCUAAAUCAAAAAGCUUACAAAAUGAUAUAGUGACUCAUGAAGAAGACAUUGUUAAUGUGACAGAUAUAGAGAACAACACAGAUAUAGAGUCUGUGGAUAUGGAUAUUGGAUCUGACGGUGAUGAUAAGACAAAAGAAUCAAAUGGAGAUGGUAAUGUAAGUUCAGGACAAAAAACAGAUAAUAAUAAACAAUCAAAUCAAAACAAACAAGAUGAAUUAGAAGAUGAUGAAGAUUUAUUAAGAGCACAAUUAUUAACAUCCUUAACAAAAAAUUUGCCAAAUUUAGUUGCUAUGGAUGAUGUUGUAAAUACAUUGGAGAAUACUACAAAAGAAUCAACCACAACUAAAUCUAAGAGUAAUAACAAUGUUCCAGAAGAAAAGAAAUUUAUUAUAAAUUUGAAAGAUACAGAUUCUGAAGGUGAACAUGAAGCAACAAAAAAUUUAACGAAAAUGCAUAUGAAAUUGUCGGAACGUUUAGAUUUUCAAGAAAAAUUGGAUUUAUUCCUAAAGUCAACCCGAUUGCAAGUUGAAAAUAAUAAAUUGCCUGAUGUUGUACAACAGGAUCCUGUUACAAAGCCACACACUAAAUAUGUGCCCAAGGCUGUGAAUCAUUUACCUAAGUCUGAACAAAUUGAGUAUAAAAAUUUAGUCAAAAGAAUGGCAGAGUUGGAGAAAAUGAAACAAAUUAGACAAGCGUCUAUGAACCAAAAGAAUGCCAACAUAUUAAAAGAAUCUAUAAAUCCAAAAAAUACAUUCACUGAUAAUCUAGAACAAAAGAUUUCUAUAUCAAGAAAAAAUAUAGCCGAAGAGUCUGCUAAAAUGCUUAAACUUAAAGAAGAAGCUACUAAGCUACUACAAAAGUAUAAAAUAGUUGCAACAGAACUACGCAACAUUUCAACAGCAAUCACAAUGAAUAAAAAAGAACAAAGAACUGUUCAAAGUAAAUUAGGAAGAAUAAGGAUAAAUCAUCAAAUGUUAUUAAAAAGCUCAAAUUUCACACAUUCCACCGGAAGAAUUCCAUCUACAAACCAAAUAAGUAACAAAGUAGUUGUUAAUAAAUUACAAAAAGAAAAUAAUCCAACGAAAGAGGAAAAUACAACAAACACAGGGACUGUUACGAAUAAUUUAAAAAAAGAAAUUACUGGACCAAUCUCUAAAGUUGAUAAUAGUGUUAACCAGACUGAUAGAAUUCCUAAAAUUUUGGAUAAAGAUAAAAAUAUUAUAGUUGAAGACAAAUUAGAUUCAAAUAAAAAUGUAAAAACAUCAACAAGCUGUGGUAAAAAAGACAACAUAAUCCAUCCAGUUUUAGAAACAAAUUGUCGAAAUAAAAGUAUACAGAAUCCUAGUGCUAUUUCAAUAAAGGAUAAGGAGAAGUAUAAAGACACGAAUGAAUAUCAGUCACCAUUGAACGCAUUUGGAUCUAAUAUCUGGCUAGAAGACCCGAAUGCGUUCCUCUGCCCUUACGAAGUCGGCGGCAGUUGCAGGGAUCCCGAUUGCAAUUUCCUUCAUCCCAAAAUCCCUUCAAAACAAUGACAUAAAUUAGCAAUGUUGCCAUUAUUCCGCCUUUACACUCACCUUAAAUGCAAAUUUAAUUUAAUUUAUUCCUUAUUCCUUUAAUCCUAGUUGCAACAACAAUGGAGUCUUCAAUAACGUGUAAAGUAUUUAAUGUGUUUUUUUUUAUUAAAAUGCAUGAUUGUAUAUAAUUUCGUAAUAUUUUUAAGAUAUUUAAUCUUUUUUUCCUAACGCUUCCAUAGAUUAUCGCAGGCAGGUUUGUUUUGGAUGUUACAUAUUUGUCUUAAAUCAAAUUUAUUUAUUAGUUUCGAUUUCUCACUUUCUUGUCAAAAAAGUCUUUUAUUGAUUUUUGGUUGAAUUAUAAUCAAAUAUUUAUCUUGCCUGUAAAGACUGUUUUUUUACUUUUAAUUAUAAAGAAAAUGUAAAUUAAAAAUGUAUUCUCAGUUUUUUUUAAUCUGUGUAUAUUUGUAAAUUUUGUUUGUGAUUUAUCUCUAAAUAUUAAUAUUUAUAUGCAAUUCUAGUUGGUGGAGUUUGCGCGGGUUCGCGACAUCGCCAGCAGUGGUAAGUUACGUGUAACUUAUAACAUAGUGACUUAUAGUGAUGGGAUACCAUAGUGUUUCACUCCGUACUUGGACCAGGUACGAACUUACGGUACAAUACGCCUAAUAUAGUUUAAGUCUGUUAUUUUCUACUAUAAAUUAAACAUUGAAUAUUAUGUAAAAAGUUUUAUGAAUA